AUGGCUUUGAACGCAACUCUAUCAUGUAGUCCUUGUGGGUACGAAGAUACUUGCACAAAUGCCUACACAUGGUGCACGUAUUGUGAGGAGGGAUUCUGUGUGAAAUGUACAAAGGUUCAUAGGUCAACAAAAAUGUCAAGAGAUCAUAAACUUAUUUCAGUUGAGGAAUAUGAAAAGAUCACAGAGCUGAUCGUAAAUCUUAAUUGCAAAAAUCAUCAAAAAAGGUGUGACCUAUUCUGUAAAAAACACGAUGUAGGAAUUUGUGUAGUCUGCAUCACAUCUGAUCAUAAAGAUUGUGAUGAGAUUAUUCUCAUAGAAGAAGCAGCGAAAAAUGCAAAACCGUCAACUGCUCUUGCAGAUUUGGAAGCAAUAAUUUCUGGAAUGUUAAAUAAAUUAAAAUGUUGCAUCAAUGACAGAGUAAUGGCUUCCAUUAAAAUUGACAAAGACGAACAAUUGAUUAAGGAAACAAUUCGGGACAUAAGAUUAUCCCUCGAUCAACGUCUUGAUGAAUUAGAACAAAUAUUGCUUCUUGAACUUAAAACCAAAUAUGAGAGGUGCAAGCAUGAAUUAACUAAAUCUGUCAAAGACUUUGAACUCACUGAGAAAGAAUUCGAAAGCAUAAAUAGACAGAUCACAAUAUUGAAAGAAUUCGCAUCCGACAUUCAAAUAUUUUUUGUAACACGCCAAGCAAAUCCCAAAAUUAAGGAAAAAAUUGUUUGUAUCGAAGAAAAAAUGAGACAAGUAUACAAUUACAGUCUAAAAGUUGAGCCCCAUCCUAUGAUACAUUCGCUGCUUAAAGAUAUUCAACAAUUCGGAAAAAUCAAACUUAACGAAGAGACAGAAUUCCGUAGUAUAAGUCUUCGGCUGAAACAAAAAUUUAAACUUAAAGAGAUUAAUUGGCCAAUCACUGGCUGCAUUAUUCUACCAAAUGAAAGAAUCAUUGUGGCUUCUUACGUCGAUAAAAUACCUUUACAAGAAUAUGAUAUCAGUGGUAACCAUAUUAGAGACAUAGUCGUGUCUAGUGCACCGUUCGAUCUGACGAUAAUAGAUACUCAUCAUAUUGCUGUUACGUAUGGUAGAGACCAAUUUCUAGAGAAUAUAAACAUAAAUACGAAUUGUGCUGUACGAAAGAUAAAUUUUAACGGUAACUGCUACGGACUUUCUCACCAGAAUGGAAAACUUUAUGUUGCAGUGCGGUUUGAAGGUAUAGUGAUAACAGAUAUUUCAGGAAACAUUUUAUGUACGAUCAAAUGCAAUGCUAAUUAUAUAACAACCUCUACCGACAGGAUAUACUACACAGAGUAUGACUCCGAUUCGGCAUAUUGCUGCAGCAUGGAUGGACAAGGAAUAUGGAGAUUCCAGGAUAGAUCUACAUCCGGACUUGAAGGCAUAUCCCUGGACAACAAUAGGAAUGUACUAGUGGUUAGUCGUGGGGAUGACAUUUUAAGACUUAUACAACAUGACGGGAAAGAGAGUAAAAUAUUACUCAAUGCUAAUGAUGAUUUGUAUAAUCCAUUAGCAGUUUUUCACAGUAAAGAUAAACAAAUUAUGUGCAUUGGAUUAAAAAAUGGAAUUACCGCUUUAUACAGAGUGGCAUAA